CACUUCCCAGGUGGCUACAAUGGCCAGUGUUGGGCCAGGUCGAAGCUGGGAGCUUCUUCCAGGUCUCCCAUGUGGGUGGCAGUGUUCCAAGCACUGUGGCCAUCUUCUGCUGCUUUCCCAGGCCAUUAGCAGAGGGCAGGAUUGUAAGUGGAGCAGGCAGGACGUUAACCAGCGCCCUUAUGGAAUGUUGGUGUUGCGCGUGGCAGCUUUACCUGCUGUGCCGCAACGCUGGCCCUGAAUAGUAUUAUUUCUAAGUAAUAACCAAGUAUUUGAAAGUUGUCCGGUUUUAAUUUCUAGUAUGGUGGAUAUCAGUAGGGAGGGCCAGUGAGGUGCCGAGGCUGCUCCUGCUAACUUAGGAGAGGCAGCUGUAUCGGUGUUUUCCCAACGGUGUGUCCGGAAGCUUCAGAUCAGCCAUAGGAGGAGGACGUCGGUGCUUACAAAGGCUUGUGGAAAAACGAGCUAAAAUAUGUUUACUUUGGUGCAAAAAAUUUGAAAUUACUGUGUGAUUUUUUCAAUACUUAUUUUCCACGAACUUUUUGAAGAACUACGUAUUUAUACCAGAAACCAGCAGAAGCUACACUUCUCUUCCCAAGAUCUGGUUAUUAAAUGUGUAUCUGUACUUGAUGGAAACCAUCUAAGCACUGUCUUCAGUAAUGUUUUAAAGGGCUUUAAGGUGUCCUGAGACGACAACGUGUGAGGAUCAGUCGCAUGGAGAGAGAUCUUUUGGUAAUUUGUCAGCCUAGGGCUGAGUGCCUUUGUGAAAUUCAAAGUUGCCUUUUGUGCUGGGAACAUUUGUAGAAUAGGUACAAUUUUUUUUUUUUAAAGAUUUAUUUAUUUACUUGAGAGGCGGAGUUAUAGACAGAGAGAGGGAGAGACAGAGACAGGUCUCCCAUCCACUGGUUCACUCCCCAGAUGGCCAGGAGUUGGGCUGAUCCGAAGCCAGGAGCCAGGAGCUUCUUCUAGUCUCCCACGUGGGUGCAGGGGCCCGAGCACUUGGGCCAUCUUCUGCUGCUUUCGCAGGCGUGUGUGUAACCUGCUGCGCCACAGCACCAGCCCGGGUCCAUUCUUUUUAAUUGUAGUAUUUUGGUUGUUAAACCUGCUGGUUCUGUAUGGGACGAUCCUUUCCUGUCCCCUUGUGAUCCGAGGGGGACAGUUAGAGCGGCGGGUGAGCUGAGCUUGUGCGUUGGGCUGCACAUUGGUUAUCUGUGCUGCGGUUUCCCCCUGACGUAGUUUUGGCUCAGAUCCAGCUGGCUCAAGCUCUGAUUCUGUGCACAAGUCCUUGCCUGCGGCUCAGGCCCACGCUGCGGUCUCUGCUCCGUGCUGCUGUGCCAUCCCUGGCCUGGAAGUGGAGCAGUUGGUUCUAUAGCUGUUGGUGAGCCGCUGUUUCUUAGGGUCAGCUUCACUGAUUCUGCCCUAGUGUGCCUAGCGUGAUGGCCACACGGUCCUCUUGCAUGGAUAGAAGAUUUUUAAUUUUUGGAUUGCCUGGGAAAGAUGAUGUAAAUCAGCCUAUAGUUUUCCUAACUCAGCUUUUGGAUAAUUCUGUCUCAAAGUAUUGGUAUAGGUAGAUUGGAAAUCACUGGUGUUCCUCCACGUGAGGUCACACACACAAGCGUUCCUAACUGUUGGAUUGUGUGGUUCUCCUGCCGCUCAGAAUAGAAACUGGCUUUCAGAACUGGUCUUCGACUGCUUUGAGUAAGUCGUAAUGAAUAGCAAUCUUAGUGACAUUGAGCAAAGUUCCUAAAAUGACACAAGCCCACAGGGCAGCGUUGUCUAGCACUUAGAAGGUGUGGCAGGCUUGGUGACUAAGGGGAGGCAUUCCUGGCAUGGGGCUGGUAGGGCUAGACCUCGCUGGAAGGCACCGAGGAGCUGGGAACUGACUCGCUCCUCUGUGCCAGCCGGGCCGCGCUUCUGGGCUCUCUGCAUGCUGCCCUGGAGGGGAGCGAGUCGGGGACCACCUCGGCUCCCAGACAGGAGCUUCCUCUGGGCCGGAGACACAGAGGACGUGGAGGGCUUGGAUUUCUUUGGCCUGUGCCUUUUUUGUGAUUAUGGGGGCAUAAAAAUUGCUAUGCUUACUGUACACUGGUACCGAGCGUAAUGCUAGAACGGCAUGUGUGGAACAUUACGUUUAUUGCAAGAUAAUCCACUGGUUCUUAGUUCCAGCCCCCGUUUCUCUGAAGUGAGAGAGGGUAGCUGUGCCUUGGCCUAGACGAGCUGUGCCGUCACUGCUGGCAGUCACGAGGUCGUAGUGAGGUAGUUUAACUGCUUUAGAACUCUGCGCUCGGAACAUUCUUAGCCACUGACGCACGGGCACCGAAAGCGAGGAGCAUGGGUUCUUUAACAUCUGUUACCUCAGAGAAUGCCUGUUCCAGGACAGUAGCCACCUCCUGAUGGUUUCUGUAGCUGGAUCAGGCACCGGAAGAGGCUCUCCGGCCGUAACUCUAGUGCAGUUACCUUCGGGCCAGACUGUGCAUGUCCAGGGAGUAAUUCCGACCCCACAGGCACCGGCUCCUCACUCACCACAGAUACACACCGUCCAGGUAGCAACAAUUGCAGAGACAGAUGAGUCUGCAGAAUCAGAAGGCAUAAUUGAUUCUCAUAAACGUAGAGAAAUUCUUUCACGAAGACCCUCUUAUAGAAAAAUCCUGAAUGAACUUUCCUCUGAUGUGCCUGCUAUUCCCACGAUUGAAGAAGAAAAGUCCGAGAGAGAAGGAACACCGCCUACCAUCGCUACCAUGGCAGUGCCGACUAGCAUAUAUCAGACUAGCACGGGGCAAUACAUUGCUAUAGCCCAAGGUGGAGCAAUCCAGAUUUCUAACCCAGGAUCUGAUGGUGUUCAGGGACUACAGGCACUAACAAUGACAAAUUCAGCAGCUCCUCCACCAGGUGCUACAAUUGUACAGUACGCAGCACAGUCGGCCGAUGGCACACAGCAGUUCUUUGUCCCAGGCAGCCAGGUUGUUGUUCAAGAUGAGGAGACUGAACUUGUCCCAAGUCACAUGGCUGCCGCCACGGGUGACAUGCCGACGUACCAGAUCCGAGCCCCCACGACCGCCCUGCCCCAGGGAGUGGUGAUGGCCGCCUCGCCAGGAAGUCUGCACAGUCCCCAGCAACUAGCGGAGGAGGCGACGCGGAAACGGGAGCUGAGGCUAAUGAAGAACAGGGAAGCCGCCCGGGAGUGUCGCAGGAAGAAGAAGGAAUAUGUCAAAUGUCUUGAAAACCGUGUGGCUGUGCUUGAAAACCAAAACAAGACCCUCAUUGAGGAACUCAAGGCCCUCAAAGACUUUUACUGCCAUAAAGCAGAGUAACUGCCUUUGGCGUGGACCUUGUUCCCGUGACCUCUGAGCAAGGCAGGAGACGCAGCAGCUCCGCUGAUUGCCGUGUGGACUUGCGCGAGGGACCCGCGGGCCCCUUCCGACCCCGUGUGGCUUAGUGUGUGGCCCGGAAUUGGGAACGUAGGUCUCAAGCUCUGGAAAGCAAGCGUGACCCCGCUUAGCGAGCUCUACUUCCGCGCGUCUGCCGGCCGCGUGCCAAACACGCUGUGUCUGCCCUCUGCUUCUCCCCUCUCCAGGGAAGCGGCUAAAGAGUGCCGGCGUCGGAAGAAAGAGUACGUGAAGUGUCUGGAGAGCCGGGUCGCCGUGCUGGAGGUGCAGAACAAGAAGCUCAUCGAGGAGCUGGAGGCCCUGAAAGACUUCUGCUCUCCCAAAGCGGAC